AUGAAGGUGCCACCACUGAGAUUAAUAGCCUUGGUGGAGCCAUGGUACCCCUCCCCCAGAAUACCUACAGCUCAUGAACCAGAGAGUUAUGACAUUGAUCCUACAAUAUCUGAAGCUUACGGUCACAGAGAGAAGGCAGAUUCCGUGGAGCCCCCGGGAGAGGGACAAAAGGGCAGAGCCAAGAGGAGAAGGAAAGGUGGAACACCGAAAGGUUGGAGAGCUCGCCAGAGCGAAGUAGAGGAGGCAAGGAAGGUGCUUUCUCUUCUGCAAAGCUUUGUACUUCCUGUCUUCUGCAGCCCCCUGGGCCGGCACGAUGACACCACUCGCUUUCGUCAACUCUUAUGUCCAGACCCCUCCUGCGAGGUGUGUAAUAAGGCAACUGCUGAGGUCAAUCGGCUGCUAUUCCCAGAGGCCCUGGAAGAUUCUACUUCCUCUGUGUCCCCGUUGGCUUCCACAGCUCCUGUGACUGAGUCAUCGUUUACUCUGUCCCCUGCCUUCUCAACAGUCCCUCCAAGAGACCUAACAGCAGCCUCUCUGCUUGAGCCUUCCCCACUACCCACCUCCGUUCUCUCCCCUAACCCAGUGACUCCCUUAGUUGACUUUUUUUCACCCUCACCACUGGGUCACUCUCUGGCACCAGAGCCUUUUCCUUCCUUGGAUUCCAAAUUCCCUGUGGACUAUUCCCCACCCCAACCCCUUGCCUUUCCCCCUCUCCUACCACAUGACACUCAGACAGCAGAUCCUGUUCCCCCACGAGAGGCCACUUUGUCUCCGGAUACCAUUUUCUCUCUUGACCCCACCCUUUCCCAAGAUAUCAAUCCCUUAUCAGAUUUGUCCCAGGCAGUGAAUCACCCCGAUUCUUCUGCUUGUCAUCAUGCACCACCAACUCUGUCUGUUUCACCACUGCCAGACUGCACUUUAUCUGUGACUCAACCUAAAUCAACUUCCAUCUCACUGAAGCCUGUUCUGGAGAAGUUAUCUCCAGAUAGCUCUGGUGGGUUGUCCACUUGUGUUUCAACAAUCAGAGGCACUGAGCAUUCAAGCCUGUCAAUUUCAGACUUCUCCUCAAGAGAGAGAAUGUUUCCCUCCCUCUACCAGACACCUGUCUCUGGGGAGACUCUGUUACCAAGCAUGUGGAGGCCAUCCAGGGACUCUUGGAGAGACAAAUAG